GCGCGCACAGAGCUGCAGGACAGAACCUGGGCUUUAACAUGUAUCUCUCAGAUCCGACAGAAAAUUUAUUGAAGGAAAGUAAAAGUUCCUCUUGGAGCCCCAUCAAUGCAGGAGUUCAGAAAGGAAGUGGUCAGAUCCAGCUGUGGCAGUUUCUUCUGGAGCUCCUGUCGGACAGCGCUAACGUGUCGUGUAUAGCGUGGGAGGGUGCGAGCGGCGAGUUUAAGCUGACCGACCCGGAUGAGGUGGCUCGACGCUGGGGGGCACGCAAGAGCAAACCCAACAUGAACUACGACAAGCUGAGCCGCGCCCUGCGCUACUACUACGACAAGAACAUCAUGAGCAAAGUUCACGGCAAGCGCUACGCCUACAGAUUCGACUUCCGGGGCCUGGCGCAGGCCUGCCAGCCCUCUUCCUCUUCCACUUCCACUUCCUCUUCCUCCGAGGCUCUUUACACGCUCCACACCAACUUCACCUCCAUUCCGUUCUCAGGAAUCUCCAAGCUGAACCUGGUGGCUCCCGGCGUCGGACCUCACGGCUUCCCGUACUGGACCGGAUCCGGACCGGCGCUGUAUCCGAGUCACGGCCUGCAGCCGCCUGCGCACUUCAGUGCAGCGCAUAUCAGCUGCGUGAACAACAUCAACCACCUCAACAACAUCAACAACCACUAUAACUGAGGGGGCGGAGUCAUCUGGGGUUGGAAUUUUCUAGAAACGGCUAGUCAAGGUGACUGGAUUUGUAGCUAAUCUUAAAAACGUUCAGAAGUUUCUCCAUGUUUCUGAUCUCGUCUGAUUACAACAACACAAAUACGUUCACGUUGACUUGCGCUACUGCUGUGCUAAUAGAUUUUUACCUGUGCCUCUAUAAACGGAGUUAGCAUAAACCCUGAACGUCGGCUAACUGCAAAUCCAACCGCAGUGUCACAGGUUUCGUGAACAAUUAGCAGUUAUAAGUUGCAGGAUCACUAUUUAGCAGAAUAAUUAGUAUUAAAAAUGUAAAUAAUUUACAGGAUGUGUAAUAGCGUAGUAGGCAAUUAUGCCAUUUUGGACAUAGCAACAAGCUAGCGAGCUAAACAACAUAAACAACAAAACAAAUGCUGGCUAGCUCAGCUAGAAAUGUAAUUAUAAAAGCCUCAUGCACAUUUGUGUGAACAAUAUGAAGCAGAAAACAUUCUGAAAAAAAAUCUGUCUUAAUUAGCAACUUUUAUCGCUAAGCAUUUUUAGACACUUGCAUGCUAACGAACGUAGCCUGGUUGCAUAAACAAUAAAGAUGGUUUUUUUUGUAGCAUGCUGCACUGAUAUUAGCAUGCUAGUCCUAGCUGUGGAAUUAGGAUUAAUUCUGGAUCAAAUGACGAAUCGUAAAUUAAUUUUAAAUGAAGAUGUAAAGCUGCUGCUUCUCUCUGAAUUCUGCGUUAAAGAUGUUCCAGUUUCUUACAUUUUGCAUUUACGCUAACAUGAAUUAAAGCUCAUCAGUUUGAUACACAACCUGUGCAGAAUUUUAUUUUCUGAUUUAAAAAAUAAAAAUAUCACAUCAGUGGAUAUUCACAGUGAAAAUAAGACUCGGAUUUGACUCCAUUUUGGCCGUGUGCUUUCUUUCCCACAUGGUACGAGAAAUAAAACGACUCUGAGACAAAAACGUCGCUGAAAACACUGAAGGAAAAAAAUAUGAUGCCAAGAGUUUUACAGCAGCCUGUGAUUCACUAAUGAGUUAAUAAACAUGACUUAGAGUCGACUUUACAGCUUAUAAACAAUAUUCAAUCUGCUCUAAUUAGAAAAUUAAUCAAUAUAAUUCAUGCGUUAUUUAGAAAUAAAAAACCAGCAUCUGGAUAAUAAAGCAGUAUAACGUACAUCAGCUCGGGAAAUAUCUAAAUAAAUAAAUAACCUCAGUGUGAUUCGUCUCCUGACGUUUCUGAUUUAACAGCGUUUUAGUGUAACAAAAAUUAAUGAUGAUAUUUCUAUCAUUCAAAUAAUCAUGUCAUGUUCUCUUACAAAAAUCUGUCUUAGGAAAUUUAGAGUCAAAGUCACUUGAAAUGAUGAAAAAUACGUGUUUUUGACCUACGUUUAUUUUCACAGUGUGAGAAAUAUCUGCAGAGACGCUGAGAUUGAGAGUCAGGGAUUAAAAUCUCACAGUGAUGGAGCCGCCUAGUGUAGCAAUUUUAUAUCAACG